AUGUCAGAGGUAACAAACACGGCGUUUGAUGUUACACCAGUUCAACCACUCACUGGAGGUUUAAACUACAAGAUAUGGGCUACAAAAAUGAUUAUGCUCCUGGAAUCGAAGGAUGUGGACUACGUCCUUUUUGAAUAUCCUGUGAAGUUCAACAUGGCAGUUAUACAGCCCACUAUGCAGAUCACAGCUUCAUCUGCAUCGACAGACCCGAAGUCUACAGGUGCAUCCAAAGACCCAAAGUCACCAUCAGCGCAAGCUUCAUCAGCUUCCAAGGCAAUUCGGAUAAAAUACGAGAAAGAUAACAAGACUGCUCGGACAACCAUUCUCCAACGUGUUAUUACUGACCCGUUGUUCGACAUGUUUUUAGAAUACAAGUCUGCAAAGGUAAUUUGGGAUUUAAUGAUUGAGAAAUACGGUGUUGAUGAUGUAGGGAGACGCAAAUAUGCUGUGGGUCGUUGGUUACACUUUAAAAUAGUAGACACCAAACCUGUAAUCGAGCAGGUACACAAGUUUGAGAAUCUUGUCGGUGACAUGAAGGUAGAAGGUAGCAUAGUUAAUGAAGUUGUCCUGUGUGACUCCUUGAUUGACAAACUGCCUGAUUCAUGGGUGGACCUCAAGAACAAAAUGAAUCAUGACCGAAGAAAUUACACACUACAACAGCUGAUAAAUAGCGUGAAUAUCGAGGAAGAGAAUCGCCUGGUUCAAAGGUCUGUUAUUCUUACUGACAAUGUUAAAGCCAAUAUUUUUUAA